GCAUAAAGUUUUCUAGGGUUUAAGAACCAGAUAUUGUUGGCCUAUAUAUAUAAUGCCUGUGACCAUCGAUAGAGGUAGGGUUUGAGGCGUGCAGUCUUAAUUGAGAUCGCUCAAAAACCUCAGUCAAAAUGCCCAAGCAAAUUCAUGAGAUUAAAGAUUUCCUUCUCACUGCAAGGAGAAAGGAUGCACACUCUGUGAAGAUAAAGAGGGGCAAGGAUGUGGUCAAAUUCAAGGUUCGCUGCUCCAAGUACCUGUACACUCUGUGUGUAUUUGACUCUGAGAAGGCUGACAAAUUGAAGCAGUCUCUCCCUCCAGGUUUGAGCGUGCAAGAGCUGUGAAAGUUGACAGCGAUUCUGAGCUUUGUGGAAUAUUUUUUAGGAUAUGAACAAGAAUCUCUUCUGUGUUGAUGUAUUUUUGAGAUUGAAAUACUUGUGGAUUUUGGCAAUCAUUGCUUAGUGGAUUUUUUUGUAGUUAUGGAAUUUAGAACUUACGUGUUGUGUGAUUUAGGCUUCCAUAUCGUUCUCUCAGGGUAUGUUAGAUGAUUUUGUCA